AUGGCUGACCAGCAGUUACAAAAACGUCUCUUGACAAGGUUUCUCUCCAAAGACGUGCCUCCCAUUCCACAUGACGAUGAGCGCAUCAUAUAUCCAGAGAAAUUGAACCCAUUCUCAUGGCUUUUUUUUUGGUGGCUCCAUCCAGUGAUGAAAACCGGCUACAAACGAACUUUGGUUGUAGAUGACUUGUUCAAAUUAAACGAAAAAGUGAAGGUGGAGGCGCUCAACGAUACUUUCGAGCUGCACAUGUAUCUGGCAAUCGAUAAAGCGAAAGCAGAACACUUACGAUCCAAAAAGUCCCAACGAAGUGAAUCUGAAAGAAUCUCGCCCGAAAAAGACAUGAAGGAUUUCCGUCAUCCUCGUUUUGUGGCUCUUUGGGCAUUGAUUAAAACGUUUCCAUUGCAGUAUGGUCUCGCCUGUUUCUUCAUGAUCUUGACCAAUUGUGCCGGUGCAUGCAAUCCAUUGCUUGCUAGAAAAUUGAUUGAAUUUGUUCAGAGAAAAACAGGUGAUGACAAUGUUAAUAAUGGAAAAGGUGUUGGGUACGCCUUGGGAUGCUCAUUCAUGGUGUUGGCGGUGGGUAUCUUGUUCAACCAUGCGUUCAUGAAUUCCAUGCUUACAGGUUGUCAAGCAAAAGGUGUGUUAAUCAAAUCAAUUCUCAAUAAGUCGUUUCGGUUAAGCGGAGCCUCCAGAGUAAAGUAUCCAUCGUCCAAAAUCACUGCAUUGAUGGGAAUGGAUGUAUCUCGUAUUGAAUUUGCUUUGGGUUGGCAGCCAAUUCUCAUUGCGUUUCCAUUCUCACUCGGCAUAUCCAUUGGCAUAUUGAUCUACAACAUCGGACUGGUUUCGCUUGUGGGUGUGGGCAUGAUUUUAGUCUACUUGGUGGUGAUUUCCUUUGCAGUGUCUCGAGUGUACCGAUUUAGAAUCAGGGCUAACAAGUACACGGACAUCCGAGUGGGUCUCGUCAAAGAGAUUCUCAACAAUUUAAAAGCAAUCAAAUUUUACUGCUGGGAAGACGCAUACGAGAAGCAGGUUAUUGAAACUAGGUCGCAGGAAAUGAAGUAUGUGUUACGCAUGCAACAGACUCGUUCGUUGGUGGUGGGAACUUCAGUGUGUAUGACCUUGUUUGCUUCCAUGACUUCAUUCUUGACCCUCUACGCCACGUCUGGCUCUACCAGAGAUCCAGCUAGUUUGUUCUCGUCAAUCUCUUUGUUCAACAAUUUAGCUUCGCAGAUCAUUGUAUUGCCUGCUGCGUUGUCUUCCGGCUCUGAUGCUAUUAUUGGCAUUAUGAGACUUAGCGAGUAUUUCGCUGCCGAAGAAGGCAGUGAUAUCAAGGAGCAGAGAAGUUUUCAGGAGAAGCUGACGUUGGCAGUUUCAAUCACGAAUGCUAGUUUUAAAUGGGAUGGUUCAAGUGGGGGAAAUGAUGAAACUGUCAGUGUUUCUUCUGCUUUGACUGAUGACAAGGCUUCCACCUCAAGCUGCACCCCGAUGUCAACCAAGUUUGAUGGACUCAGGGAUAUCAAUUUGAGUAUUGCCCACGGACAAUUUGUUGUUGUGACUGGUAUGAUCGGUUCUGGAAAGUCCGCACUAUUGAACUCCAUUGCCGGAUUCAUCCCAUUGGCCAGUGGACAUCUCUCAGUGGAAGGUUCUCUCUUGUUAUGUGAGCACCAUUGGAUCCAGAAUACCACAGUGAAAGAGAACAUUUUGUUUGGAAAAGAAUAUGACGAAAAACGCUACAAUGAUACAUUAUAUGCGUGUUCUUUGGAAAGCGACUUGGAGAUACUUCCAGCAGGCGACCAGACAGAAAUCGGUGAGCGGGGCAUCACAUUGUCGGGAGGCCAAAAAGCCCGGAUUAGUUUGGCCAGGGCAGUGUAUGCCGAUAACGAUAUCAUAUUAUUGGACGAUGUGUUGAGCGCCGUGGAUGCGAAGGUUGCAAAGCAUAUAAUGACGAAUUGUGUUCUUGGACUUUUGGCUACAAAGACGAGAAUACUUGCUACUCAUCAAAUCUCACUUAUCGGCUCUUCUGACAUGGUUGUCUUCUUGAAUGGAGACGGGACCAUCGACCACGGAACCAUGGAGGAUCUUAAACAACGCAAUACUAACUUCAGAAACUUGAUGGCGCUUGGGGCCAAUACUAAGACGCCAGCGGAGGCUAAUGACAGUGAUGAAGAAGAAGUUGAAGGAAGACAGGACAAAGAAUCCGAGACUAAUGAAACCAAUGAUUCCGAGGCAGUUCGUAAGAACUUCAAUGUGAAUAUGGGUGAAGACGGUAAAUUGACUAAAGAAGAGCGCAGAGCCGUCAACAGCAUCAAGUUUGAUGUUUACAAACGUUAUAUUAAAAAUGGCUCAGGUAUAUUCCCUGUCUUUUCAGUUGCAAUCUUUGUCUUUAUGCUGGAAGUGCUCGCACAUGUUUGUGAGAUCAUGACCAACACAUGGUUGUCGUUCUGGGCUGAUUACAGGUUCAGGCAUAAGGGUGAUCACUUCUACAUUGGAAUCUAUAUCAUGUUCACCUUCUGUGCUUAUUUCUUCCUCAUCUUUGCAUUUCUUGCGCUCGCUUAUUUGACCAACACCAGCGCUGAAGUUCUUAACUUGAAAGCUAUGCACCGUGUGUUACAUGCUCCAAUGUCUCUCAUGGAUGUCACUCCAAUGGGGCGAUUGCUCAACCGAUUCACCAAAGACAGUGAUGUUCUAGAUAAUGAGAUCAAUAACGAUCUUAGAGUACUCAUAUACUUCAUCGGAAGCAUCUUCGGCAUUUUGGUCUUGUGUAUCAUCUAUCUUCCGUAUUUUGCCAUUGCUGUGCCAUUUUUGGGAUUUUUGUUUGUCGCCAUUGGUAAUUUUUAUCAGGCGUCUGCAAGAGAAAUUAAGCGUUUGGAGGCUGUUCAAAGAUCCUUUGUCUACAACAACUUCAACGAGAUUCUUAGUGGAAUGAUGACAAUUAAGGCCUACAAUGCGGAAGCGAGAUUCAAGAGAAAGAACGAUGUCUACAUCAACAAAACGAAUGAAGCGUCCUACCUCACUGUGGCCAAUCAAAGAUGGCUCUCCAUCCAUUUGGAUAUCGUUGCAUCGCUAUUCGCAGUCAUCAUCAGUCUUCUUUGUGUGUUCCGUGUUUUCAAGAUCAGCGCUGCGUCCACUGGUUUGCUUCUCUCUUAUGUGUUGCUGAUUGCUGGACUGCUUUCAGUUUUGAUAAGAACACUCACUCAAGUUGAAAACCAAAUGAAUUCGGUAGAAAGACUUUGUGAGUAUGGAUUUGAUCUCGAGCAGGAGGCACCAUAUGUGAUUUCGGAGACCAAACCUUCCCCUACAUGGCCAAAUGAGGGUGCUAUCUCAUUUGAGAAUGUCUCCUUGGCUUACAGGCCCAAUCUCCCACUUGUACUCAAGAACUUAACUUUAGACGUCAAGCCAUAUGAGAAAAUAGGAAUCUGCGGCCGCACGGGAGCGGGAAAGUCGUCGAUUAUGACGGCAUUGUACCGUCUUGUCGAGUUGAAGGAAGGAAAAAUAGAGAUAGACGGGGCCGAUAUUUCAAAGUUGGGACUAAAGGAUUUGAGAUCACACCUCAGUAUUAUUCCUCAGGAUCCCGUCUUAUUCAAGGGCACAAUUCGAAAGAAUUUGGACCCAUUUGACAAUUUCACUGAGGCUGAACUCUGGAAGUCGCUUGUGAGUGCCGGGCUUGUUAAUGAAAGCGAGGUGGAGACAGCACAGACUAAUCAGGAUAUAAAAUUCCACUUGAAGAAGGAGGUAGAAGAAAACGGUGUCAAUUUCUCGUUAGGAGAGCGACAGCUCCUUGCCUUUGCCAGAGCGUUGGUCAGAAAGACAAAAGUUUUCAUUUUGGACGAAGCGACUUCGUCUGUGGACUAUAAAACAGACAAUCGCAUCCAACAAACCAUUGCUGAACACUUCAAUCGUUGUACGGUGUUAUGUAUUGCUCAUCGUCUCAAGACUAUCUUGAGUUAUGACAGAAUUAUUGUGUUGGAUAAUGGAGAAAUUGUUGAAUGCGGAACUCCCAAAGAUUUGUACAUGAUUACCGAUAGCAACUUCCGCCAGAUGUGUGAAAAGUCGGGAAUCUCCGAUAAGGAUUUUGUAUAA